UAUUCCGCCAGGAUCCGUGCUCAAAUUCGAACGGAGUGGACUUCGAGCUUAGUUACACUGUCUUGAGAUCCUACAACUUCUCGUUAUCAGAAGCGGACGACGAUGGCUACCUUGGAAGCCGUUCUAGCAGGCAAAUAUCCGGCCAAAUCCCAUGCGCGUCGGGUUGCUGAACACCUGAGAGCGAAUGGCCAUGAUGGUCCUGGUAUCAUUUAUUUGGAGGCGCAGAAAACGCGUCUAAUUGAAGACAAUGACGAGGCUAUGCCUUUCAGGCAACGCCGUCCCUUUUUCUACUUAUCGGGAUGCUUGCUUCCUGAUUCUUAUUUGAUGUACGACACAAGUGCCGACAAAUUGACUCUUUUCAUCCCCCCGGUUGACCCCGAGGAAGUAAUCUGGUCAGGCCUCCCUCUUUCCCCGGCCGAGGCCCUGGAGCGCUAUGACGUCGACAGUGUGCUUGCGACAACCGAUGUCAAUAAGACCCUCGCUUCUACCGCCUCGGCCCACCAGGGAAAUGCUGUUGCUUUUGCAAUUGCAGACCAAGUUUCGAGUGACACCAAAUUCCAAGGUUUCCUUGAGACCAACUACUCCGUACUGAAGGGCGCAAUUGAAAGAACGCGUGUCGUUAAGGACAGUUACGAGAUUGCCCUCCUGAGAAAGGCAAACGAUAUCUCCGCAAAGGCGCACAUUGCAGCCAUACAGGCGUCGAAGUCUGCAACGAAUGAACGUGAAAUCGAGGGUGCCUUCAUUGCAACAUGCAUUGCGAACGGCGCGCGGGAGCAAUCCUAUCACCCAAUCGUUGCUUGUGGCGAGAACGGAGCCACCCUUCAUUAUGGUAGAAACGACGAUCCUCUGAGAGACCCGGCGACUCAGCAAAGAAAGGGAAGUGUCCUUAUCGAUGCUGGAGGAGAGUAUCGUGCGUAUUGCUCCGAUGUGACUCGUGUUUUCCCUCUAGGCGGCAAAUUCGCUACGGAGACUCGGCAGAUCUAUGAGAUAGUCCUGCGAAUGCAGAUUGAAUGCAUUGCGAUGCUCAAAGAUGAUGUCCAGUGGGAGGACGUACAUGCUCACGCGCAUCGAGUCGCAAUUGAUGGGCUGGUAGAUCUGGGGAUCCUCCGCGGUUCGAAGGAUGAGCUGUUCGACAAAAGAAUAAGUGUGGCGUUUUUCCCCCACGGUCUGGGGCACUACCUGGGAAUGGACACUCAUGACACCGGAGGUAACCCGAACUAUGGGGACAAGGAUUCCAUGUUUAGGUAUCUUCGAGUGAGAGGUCGUCUGCCGGCGGGAUCAGUGAUUACAGUUGAACCAGGGAUCUACUUCUGUCGCUUUAUCAUUGACCCUUUCUUGAAAUCCCAAGAAUUGAGCCAAUAUAUUGAUGCCAAUGUCCUGGAGCGCUAUUGGAGCGUGGGCGGGGUUCGCAUCGAAGACAACAUUCAUAUUACGAAGGAGGGAUACGAGAACCUGACCACAGCCCCCAAAGCCAUCGAGGAGGUAGAAGGACUGGCACAGUGAACGGAGUACGCACAUAUCCAAACAACAAAGUAGUGGCCAAUUGAGUGAUACUGUAUUCCAUCUUGUACAUCAUUACAAGCCCUCGAACGGCUUCUGAGUAUUGUUGUACAUACCAACUUACAGGCCGCUCCGCAGCCGUUUCCUUCCACUUCCUUUGACACCUGAUUCGGCUUCCGCUCUAUCCUGCGAGCGUUUUUCCUUCUGAUCAAGAACGAGAUUGAGCACGUCAAAACAGAACUGCGGAACUUCAAGGCACAGCUUCUUGAAUUCUCCCUCUGCUUCGUGACGCAAGACAUGACUUCUCAUUGCCCAAAAUGAAGCCACUGGCUUCCUGAUCGUGACAUCGGUUAUAGGCGUAUGAGUGUAUACAUACCGGGCGUAGGCGAUCUCACCUUGAGAGGUGCUGUUGAUGCGGUGAAUCUUGGAAUGAGCGAGGGUCUUCAGAGGCGCGAUACCAAGCUUCUCCGCCAACGUGUAGACCCGUGCAUGUUUUAACAACUGCUCGCCACUGUCGUCAAUUUCCCCUACGACAGCUUCUUCUGUAGUGGCCCCGGUAGGAGAAGCCGAGUAGUCGCGCGUGUAUUGGAAUUGUAAGAAGUAUCCAAAAGCUUCCACGUUUUCGUCGGGAAGUUCGAUGCGACGCUGCCAGAUUUAGCAAUUAUUCCCAUUUAAAUCGGGACUGUGUUGUUUCCCUACCGAGCUCGAGUCCUUGAAGGCCGCGACUGCCUCCGCAAGGAGCGGAGACUCCAAAAGCAGGCUUUGAUGUGCGGUCAAGACUGUUUGAUCUUCUCUCGACCCGACAGCAAGUUCCACGAUAGGCGAUGUCAGAAAACUGACGCAAGGUAAGCUAGAAAGGCCUCCCGAAGGCCAAUGACUAGUCGGAGUACGUAGUGUGGGCGGCCUAUAUUAAAUUGGCGCAAAGAAGAGGCUUCUUACUCGAGAAAUUGAAGACCAGGCUUCUUCUUCACCGGAGCUGGUUCCUCGAUCCGCUUUGGAUCUCCUUCUGCCUCUCCAUCUGGUAGAGGGGCGCCCUGAGUCGGUUUUGUGUGGUCUUCAUUCGCGACAUCUGCAUUCUCGGUCGAGCCCAUGAUCACAUCGGGAGCUUCAGUAUUUGAAGGUGCCUGGGCAUUGUCUCCGGCCUGAGCGGGUUCAGGACCGCUGACCUCUACCUGAGGCCUGUCCAUUGGAUGAGAUGGACUGCAACGAUCGCGUGUACGGCAAUGGGGGGAGGUCGGCGCGUAGGUCCAAAAGGAUGAGCAAUGCAGGAGAAAUUGGAGUCGAAGGGUAGCAAUUGCUGGCUAGCGACGGGACCAAAUAGUAAUGCAAAUUGAUCGGAAUGUUGUAAGGUGGAUAGGACCAACCCCAAUGGACGGAUUGACGUUGACGUUGACAGGGGACAAGAUGAGCUCAAGCUGUUUUGACGCCCCGGAUCACCAGGUACCGUACGGGACGGGAGACCGGGGGUCAAGGCGGCUGAUAGGCUAAGUAAAGGGUUCCUGAGGCUCCCUUUCCUGGAUUGUCUAUUGACAGGCACCUUGAAGGUUUUGUAUAUGGCAUAUGAUUUGAAAUUACAUUGAAGUCAAUAUGUUUAUAGUUAUA